CGCCCCCCCCCCCCCCCCCAGGAUCUGGUCUUAGAGACUCAGGCCCAGUAUCCCUAGUCAGGGACCGGGACUCUGACCGGAACCUUGUAUCGCAAGUCAGAAUGUCCCUCAGUCGCUAACAGAGACUUAAUGGGAUUGACAUUCCUGGGCGAAGCCCCGCACGACUGUGUGCCAUGAAAGCCCUACCCUAGAAUCUUCUCUCAGACCCUCCUAGUCCUUCAGUAUUUGCUCUCACAGCUUCCAAGAGGGGCUAGACCCCGGGGGAGGGCCUUCAUUUCUAUAAGUCUAAUCUAGCAGCUUCCUUCAGAUAGCUCUCCCUCCUCCCCCAACUCACACAGGCAUUAUCUGCUCUCAGAGCCUCGAAGGAAACUAGACCCUGUGGAAAGAGGAUUUGGGCCUGGCCUCCAUGUCAGAGACCUAUUCUCUACAUGUCCAACUCAAACCUGGCCCUAGUAUCUUCCAUGAAAAAGCCCUCUGGACCCAGCAUUUCUAAUCAGAGGUUCUCUUCAACGUUUACCUUUAGAGACUCUUUUGCUUUUAGAGGCGUUCUCUACUUUAAGGGAAUGCCCUUUUUCAUAGUUUCAGUAUUCUUUCUGGAGACUACCGCUCAUGGGCCUCAGCAGCUUCCUGGUCACACAGUCCUCACUGCAGGAUGUUCCAUCACAGAUUCCCCUGGCCAGCACCUGCCUUUGCAGACCCUGUUGCCUUCCAGCCCCCUCCAUCAGACUCUGCUCAUACCCCACCCUUCACUCAGCCACUUCCUUCAAAGGCCAACCAGGGUUGCACCUUCACUCCCAGAUCCCUUAACAUCACAUCAAUCAGGCCUCAGAAUCUGCCCUCAGUCUUUCAAGGUCCUUAGCAUCAGUUAGAGGGCUUUAGGUUUGUAGGACCCCAGCAUCAUUGUCAGAUGUCCCUUCCCCCAACAGGCCCAGUUGUCUUCAGUCAGAGUAGAAAACCUCCUUCUCAGCAUCUACUCACAGCGUCCGUGGGUUCCACACAAUUGGUCAGAGAAACCCAAACCUACUUGGAGAUCUAGCUAGUAUCUGCUUGCUGAACUUUUUAGGACUAGAACUGUCUGGGCUCAGCCUCCCAUUUCCACUCUGUUAGAGCAGCUGCUGUACCUAGCAUGUACCAGAGAUCAACACAAGGCCUUUGUGCUCCAUUAGAAAUCCCUCCCUAGCCCUACCCUAGGACUCACCAUUCACCUUAUAGCCUCCUGGGACUCUGACAUCAAUGUCAGAGACACCUCUCUCCCUGCAAGUCCCUGUUAUUUUUGGUCAAAGGUUUUUCUGUACCAAUAGCAUCCAUCUGCAGAGACCCCUAAGGCCCCAGCAUCCUUCUGAUGGACAACACACCUCCCCCCGGACCCCAGCAUCUUUCUGCAGCCUCCUUGGGUCCCAGAAUCCCCCACCUGUUCCUCCUGUAGCUUCCAUGGGGCCCAGCCACUGCCCUCCUAUCUCCUUGCAGCCUCAGGGGACCUCUAGUGCAAUUUCCUGGCCUUUCCCUAAAAGAUCCUUUCCAAAGACUCAGGUAUGAGUCUUAACAACCUGGCCUGGCCCUGCCUGGCCUGCAUCCCAUGACUUCUGUCCCCUUCUCCAUCUCCCUCUGAGUCUCCAUGGGCUCAAACAACUACCUCCUGACUCCUCUCUUUUGUGUUCUCAGGGACUUCUCAGUUAAUCCCUCCCAGGAGGCUUGACAGGCCCCAGCAUCCUGUGCCUUAGCUUCUUCCAUCUUGAUAACCUGACCCUGUGCCUGCCCCCUUUCAAACCUGCUCCCAGACUCCUACCUCAAACCUUCUUCUCUGGUUUGGGUGGUAGAGAAUGCUCAGGCUUCAGCAUCACCAGUUUGGAGACCUCAGGCAAGUUCUGAAAUUCUCGUAAGCCCCAGUUCGGCUUUGCUGAACAAUGGAUCGUAUAUGUGUCCUAAGUGGGGCCUGAGCAUAUGUUGAGGGAGAAAGGAUAUCGAUUUUGUACUGGGGGUGGGGGAAUUUUUAGCUCGUCUCUGGGGUUACUGCCCCAGAAUCCUCCUGCUUGCCUUGAGACGGCUGUUCCAAAUCUCUGCAGUUGAAAUCUUUUCUGGAACAGUCACCCAAAACCUGCUUAGACCCUUGCUGGCAGCAACAGGAAUCCGGAGAUAAAAGUGCAGAUAUUAAAGAUCUCUCUGGCCCUGGAUCAUCACUGAUUCAGGAAGCAAGGGAGAUGGUGUGUCCCAGAUGAGCAAACCAGUGACUAGGCAAAGAAAUAAAAGUAAUGGAGGCCACUGCAGGUGUCCAGGGAGGAGCUUACUUACGUCUUCAAGUCUCUGAGUUCUGACCACAGAAGUAGACUUUUUUAACCUUCCCAGCAAAUCCUUGGGGAUGCUUCUGUUUGUCCCUGCUUUUGGAAAAGAUGGGGCUCAGUAAAUGAGUCCCUUUCCCAGGUCAGAAAGCCAGUAAAUGGAAAAAUUAUGAUUUGCCUCCGUACUAAUUCACCAACUUUUUCUUGUCUAGGUUAGUGCUUUGCAUUCCCAGUACUUAGGCUGGUUUGCUCCAGGGCCCUAGCCAACCUCCUGCCUUCUGGGUCCUCCUCCCUCACACCUCAUCUCUUAGCCCCAUGGGCUGGGUCCUGAGCUUGGUCCUGACUCUCUUCUCCCAGGAGGCAUUUGGCAAACAGGCCUACACCAGCUGCGUGACUGUGGGCAAGUGAUUGAGUUCCCUGAGCCUUUGUUUUCUUCCUUGUGAUGUGGGCAUGAGGUUAUCUCGUUCUGUGGGCAUUGUUGGGAUUAGACAAAGCUUUUUACCCUGUGAUUGACAGGCAGUGAGCUCUUGGUAGAUGAUAGGGAGCUCCUGUUUUCUUGCCUAGCGUCAGAGGGUGACCGGUGCUGAGAUAGAAUCUUCAGUACACUGGGUGUGCUCAGUGUGAUUGGGGAGGGGGGCGGGUCAGAAAAGGCCCAGUGUGGGAGGACAGUGGCUUGGGAGAGCAUUGGUGGUAAGGGGAAACGAUUGUGGGUCCUCUUGUCUCCGCCAUGUGGAUCCAGUCACACACAUAUACUUCUCUGCCACAGCAGGCUCUAUUGUUCUCUCUCUGAGACCCGGUGUGUGAUGCUUGGCAGGUUAACUUGACCUCGUGAGCUCAGGUUUUCUCAUUUGUCUGGCGAGGGUGCUCAACCCUGGUUGAGGGGGUGAAAUGGGACUAACACUAGGCGGCAGCCUAGGCUUCAGGGUCCGCAGAUCCUGGUCAGGGCCUGGCCACUGUGUUUGUGGGAACCUUAGUCAAGUCACCAAGUGUCCCUGAGUGAAUUUUUUUCCUCCAGUGGGAGUUGGGGGAUGACACAGUAGUAGUCCAGAUCUCAGGGAGACGCCGUGAGGACAAAGUGAAGCACGGCUCAUAAUGUGCUUGGUCUGACAUCUGGCCCAGGGAGGAUUCCUAAUCAAUACUCAUCCACCAUCAUCGGUAACCUGUUUCAGGGUUCCACGUGCAGACAGGGCUCGGGAUGUGCGUGCCUGUGUGUGUGUGCGUGCGCGCGUGUGUGUGUGUGUUUGGUUUCUCCCCUGACCUCUUUCAUUGGCCUGGGCCUUUCCCUUCCGGCCGGAGGGGGGGAGGGCUGGGGUGGGCUUUGGGAAACUCUCCUCCCGGAGCCCCUCCGGGGCUGGGUCUCUGGCAAGGUGUCUCCCGCCAUCAUGCCACCCUGAUGGAAGUCUAAGCUGCGUUUCCCUCCUGUGCCCCUGUCGCCGGGGUUAAGGGGGAGGAGAAUGGCUGCUUGUGGUUGCCUGCCUGCUCUGUGCCAGGCUCUGUGGUCUGGGCUCUCUUUCAUCACUUCGGCAACUCCGUGGGGUAGGUAAGUGGCCCUGUCAGCCCUAUUGCACAGGUGAGGGAACUGAGCCCACAGGUUAAUGCUUAAAUGAGGUCUGUCAAGGAGUGGCAGGGUCUGACCUGAGCCUACACCCUCCUCUGACUUUCCCACAAGGACAUUCUUCAUGUCACUCCUCUCACCCCGCAGGACUGGAGUCUCUCCCUCAUGCUGGGCUGGGGAGAAAGGCGAAUGGCCUAGUGGUCAGCAGCAUGGAUUGCAAGCCAGACCACCUGGGUUCAGAUCUUAGCUCUGACAGCUGUGUGACCCUGGAUGUCCAGCUCGCCGCUGUCCAAGAAACGUCGCGUGUCCGGGCCUGAUCCAAAGCCGGGUUCUAACUGUUCCCCUGCCCACUCCGUGUUGUCCGAAGUGCCCUCGGUGCCAACCAACGGAAUGGCGAAGAACGGCAGUGAAGCAGACAUAGAUGAGGGCCUUUACUCCCGGCAGCUGUACGUGUUGGGCCAUGAGGCCAUGAAGCGGCUCCAGACCUCCAGCGUCCUGGUGUCCGGCCUACGGGGCUUGGGCGUGGAGAUUGCCAAGAACAUCAUCCUUGGUGGGGUCAAGGCUGUCACCCUGCAUGACCAGGGCACUGCCCAGUGGGCUGACCUCUCCUCCCAGUUCUACCUGCGGGAGGAGGACAUCGGUAAAAACAGGGCUGAGGUCUCCCAGCCCCGCCUCGCUGAACUCAACAGCUAUGUGCCUGUCAGUGCCUACACCGGGCCUCUGGUCGAGGACUUCCUUAGUGGCUUUCAGGUGGUGGUCCUCACCAACACCCCCCUGGAGGACCAGCUGCGGGUCGGUGAGUUCUGUCACAACCGUGGCAUCAAGCUGGUGGUGGCAGACACGCGGGGCCUAUUUGGGCAGCUCUUUUGUGACUUUGGAGAGGAAAUGAUCCUCACAGAUUCCAAUGGGGAGCAGCCUCUCAGUGCUAUGGUUUCUAUGGUCACCAAGGACAAUCCCGGUGUGGUCACCUGCCUGGAUGAGGCCCGACAUGGGUUUGAGAAUGGCGACUUUGUCUCCUUUUCAGAAGUACAGGGCAUGGUUGAACUCAACGGAAGUCAGCCCAUGGAGAUCAAAGUCUUGGGUCCUUACACCUUUAGCAUCUGUGACACCUCUAACUUCUCUGAUUACAUCCGUGGAGGCAUUGUCAGUCAGGUCAAAGUACCUAAGAAGAUCAGCUUUAAAUCCUUGCUGGCCUCACUGGCAGAGCCUGACUUUGUGAUGACGGACUUUGCCAAGUAUUCCCGACCUGCCCAGCUGCACAUUGGCUUCCAGGCCCUACACCAGUUCUGUGCUCAGCAUGGCCGGCCCCCUCGGCCCCGCAAUGAGGAGGAUGCAACAGAGCUGGUGACCUUAGCCCGGGCCGUGAAUACACGAGCCCCGCGAGCAGUGCAGCAGGACAACCUGGAUGAGGACCUCAUCCGAAAGCUGGCCUAUGUGGCUGCUGGGGAUCUGGCGCCUGUAAACGCUUUCAUUGGGGGCCUGGCUGCCCAGGAGGUCAUGAAGGCCUGCUCUGGGAAGUUUAUGCCCAUCAUGCAAUGGCUGUACUUUGAUGCCCUGGAGUGUCUCCCUGAGGACAAAGAGGCCCUCACAGAGGACAAGUGCCACCCGCGCCAGAACCGUUACGAUGGGCAGGUGGCCGUGUUUGGCUCCGACCUACAGGAGAAGUUGGGCAAGCAGAAGUACUUCCUAGUGGGUGCAGGAGCCAUUGGCUGUGAGCUGCUCAAGAACUUCGCCAUGAUUGGGCUGGGCUGUGGGGAGGGCGGAGAAAUUGUCGUCACAGACAUGGACACUAUUGAGAAGUCAAAUCUGAACCGGCAGUUUCUAUUCCGACCCUGGGACGUCACGAAGUUAAAGUCUGACACGGCUGCUGCAGCUGUGCGUCAGAUGAAUCCACACAUUCGGGUGACAAGCCACCAGAACCGUGUGGGCCCUGACACGGAGCGCAUCUAUGACGACGAUUUCUUCCAAAACCUGGAUGGUGUGGCCAAUGCCCUCGACAAUGUGGAUGCCCGCAUGUACAUGGACCGCCGCUGUGUGUACUACCGUAAGCCGCUACUGGAGUCUGGCACACUGGGCACCAAGGGCAACGUGCAGGUGGUGAUCCCCUUCCUGACAGAGUCCUACAGCUCUAGCCAGGAUCCGCCUGAGAAGUCCAUCCCCAUCUGCACCCUGAAGAACUUCCCCAACGCCAUUGAGCACACCCUGCAGUGGGCGCGGGAUGAGUUUGAAGGCCUCUUCAAGCAGCCGGCAGAAAACGUGAACCAGUACCUCACAGACCCCAAGUUUGUGGAGCGGACCCUGCGGCUGGCAGGCACCCAACCCCUGGAGGUGCUAGAGGCCGUACAGCGCAGUCUAGUGCUGCAGCGGCCACAGACCUGGGCCGACUGCGUGAGCUGGGCCUGCCACCACUGGCACACCCAGUACUCCAACAACAUCCGGCAGCUGCUGCACAACUUCCCUCCCGACCAGCUCACAAGCUCGGGAGCUCCAUUCUGGUCUGGGCCCAAACGCUGUCCACACCCACUCACCUUUGAUGUCAACAAUCCCCUGCAUCUGGACUACGUGAUGGCUGCCGCCAACCUGUUUGCCCAGACCUAUGGGCUGACAGGCUCUCAGGACCGAGCUGCUGUGGCCACACUCCUACGGUCUGUGCAGGUCCCCGAGUUUACCCCCAAGUCUGGCGUCAAGAUCCACGUCUCUGACCAGGAGCUGCAGAGCGCCAAUGCCUCAGUUGAUGACAGCCGUCUCGAGGAGCUCAAGGCCACACUGCCCAGUCCAGAAAAGCUCCCUGGAUUCAAGAUGUAUCCCAUCGACUUUGAGAAGGAUGAUGACAGCAAUUUCCAUAUGGAUUUCAUUGUGGCGGCAUCCAACCUCCGGGCAGAGAACUAUGACAUUCCCCCUGCGGACCGGCACAAGAGCAAGCUGAUUGCAGGGAAGAUCAUCCCAGCCAUUGCCACGACCACAGCAGCUGUGGUUGGCCUUGUGUGUCUGGAGUUGUAUAAAGUGGUGCACGGGCACCGACAGCUUGACUCCUACAAGAAUGGUUUCCUCAACUUGGCCCUGCCCUUUUUUGCCUUCUCCGAACCCCUUGCGGCACCCCGUCACCAGUACUAUAACCAGGAGUGGACGUUGUGGGAUCGCUUUGAGGUUCAGGGGCUGCAGCCUAACGGUGAGGAGAUGACGCUCAAACAGUUCCUGGACUACUUUAAGACAGAGCAUAAAUUGGAGAUCACCAUGCUGUCCCAGGGUGUGUCCAUGCUCUACUCCUUCUUCAUGCCAGCCGCCAAGCUCAAGGAACGGUUGGAUCAGCCGAUGACAGAGAUCGUAAGCCGUGUGUCGAAGCGAAAGCUGGGCCGCCAUGUGCGGGCGCUGGUGCUUGAGCUGUGCUGCAACGACGAGAGCGGCGAGGACGUCGAGGUCCCCUAUGUACGAUACACCAUCCGCUGACCCCUGUCCACGCCCGUAGGCUGGCCCCAGCUCCCCUCCCCACUCCCAGCCCAGGGCUCCCAUCGGGCCUCUGGCAGUGGCCCAGCUAGCCACGCCUGGUGUUCCCUCCUCAUUCCCCUCCCUGCACCCCUCAUGCCGCUGCUUUCUACCUUGUUUGGAACCUGAAUCCUAAUAAAGAAUUAUUAACCCAGA